AACAGGUUAAACACAAGUGUGUGUUUGUUACUUUGCUCUGGUUUUUCUUCAAUUUUUUCUUAUUGGUUGUUGAUGAUGAUGGAGAAGCACAAGUGCAAGCUUUGCUUCAAGAACUUCUCCAAUGGAAGAGCCUUAGGAGGUCACAUGAGGUCUCACAUGAUGAACCUACCUGUUCCUCCAAAACCGAACGAGGCACCACCACCACCGCCACCACCACCAACGAUUCAACUCAGCUUCGAGGCCGAGUCAGCUUCAUCUCCAUCACCAUCAUCUUUCGAUCAAGAAGAAGAUAAGGGUCUUUCCUAUGGCCUCAGAGAGAACCCAAAGAGGAACUUUCGCUUCGCGGAUCCUGAAUUCUCGUUCCCCGCUGCUGUAGAUACAGGGUCCGUGAUCCUUCAAGACAGAGAAAGCGAGACCGAGUCAUCAAGGAACCCAACUCGGAAACGAUCCAAGAGGGCACGCAAACUCAGCUUCUUCGAUCACCAAACCACAAAAAGAACCAAACUUUGCAAACCCAUUAUCAAGAACGAGUCAGCAAGCUCGGUUUCCGACACGACCACGGAGGAAGAUGUCGCAUUCUGCCUCAUGAUGCUGUCUCGCGACAAGUGGAAACGCCAACAACACUGCGAGGAAGAACAAGAACAAGAAAAAGAACAAGAAGAUGAUGCUGAAGAUCAAGAAGAUCAAGAAGAAGAAGAAGAAGAAGAUGAAGAUAGUGAUGAAUCCGAGGAGGAGCUGAAAACGACAACGAGGGUACGAGGAAGGUACAAAUGUGACACGUGCAACAAGGUGUUUCGAUCUUACCAGGCAUUGGGUGGACACAGAGCGAGUCACAAGAAGAUCAAGGUGGUGGAUCAUGAACCUCAAUUGGUGGGGCAUGAGAAUAAUAACGGUGCUAUCAUGGUGGUGGAGAAGAAAAUCCAUGAAUGCCCCGUUUGUUUCAGGGUUUUUGCUUCGGGUCAAGCUCUUGGUGGACACAAGAGAACACAUGUUACCGGUUCAGCAACAGUAACAAACCCGGUUCGAAGUUCCAUAAAGUUUGGAGACAGUUUGAUAGAUCUCAACCUCCCUGCUCCUAUGGAUGAUGAUGAUGUUAGCCAAAUCGAUGAUUCAGCUGUUUCAGAUGCAGAAUUUAUCAAACCCCAUUAGCCAAUUAAGGUUUUACUACUUCAAAUUAAACUUUUUUCUUCUUUUUUUUUUGCAAUUUUUGAUCAAGUGAUGAUCUGAAGGUACAAAAUUUUGGUUCGGUUUUUUUAAGUUUGAUUUUAGAUUUGUCCAGCCA